GCGGCAGCGCGGGAGGCGGGGAGGCGCGGCGCUCGGAGGACAGCGGCUGACGGCGGCAUGCGGCGGCUCAUGCUGCCCACCGUGGGCUGAGGCGGCCGCAGACGGGCGGCAGGCGCAGCGGCCAGGCAAGCCGAGGGUGCAGCCAAGCCGGGCGCACCGCGCACAGCGGCCGGGGCUCAGCGCAAUGGGCCGAGCUGGAGGCGGGGGCCCGGACUGGGGGCCGCCGCCAGUGCUGCUGCUUCUGGGGGUCACGCUGGUGCUCAUCACUGGGGCCGUACCGGCACGGGAAGCAGGCAGUGCGAUCGAGGCUGAAGAGCUGGUGAGGAGCGGCCUUGCAUGGGAGUCGCGUGCCAAUGACACGCGGGAGGAAGCCGGCCUGCCAGCAGCUGGGGAAGAUGAGACCUCGUGGACAGAGCAGGGCAGUGAACUGGCUGCGGUGGGCCCUGGGGUCGGGCCAGAGGAGGCACUAGAGGCAUCGGCUGCAGUGACUGGCACUGCCUGGCUAGAAGCAGAUGGCCCAGGCCUGGGUGGAGUGACUGCAGAGGCUGGCAGUGGCGAUGCCCAGACCCUUCCAACUACGCUCCAGGCUCCUGAUGAGGCCCUUGGGUCAUCUACAAUGCCCCCUGCAGUCCCUGAGGCUACUGAGGCCAGUGGACCUCCCUCCCCGACUCUCCGUGAUAAGCCUAAUCUAGGCCCUGAACUCCCUAAGGAGAUCCCCUUGGAGGUUUGGCUGAACCUGGGAGGCAGCACACCAGAGCCCACUUUUCCCCUUCAAGGCACACUAGAGACCCAACCAGCCUCAGAUAUUAUUGACAUUGAUUACUUUGAAGGAUUGGAUAGUGAGGGUCGUGGUGCAGACUUGGGCAGCUUCCCAGGGUCACCAGGAACCUCAGAAAAUCACCCCGAUACUGAAGGAGAGACCCCUUCCUGGAGCCUGCUUGAUUUAUAUGAUGACUUCACCCCCUUUGAUGAGUCUGAUUUCUACCCCACCACAUCCUUCUAUGAUGAUUUGGAAGAGGAGGAGGAAGAGGAUGAUAAGGAUGCAGUAGGAGGUGGAGACCUGGAAGAUGAAAAUGGCCUUCUCCUGCCCUCUCAAAAGCCUGGUGUGGGGCCUGGGACAGGACAGCCCACCAAUCAGUGGCAUGUCGUUCCUCCACAGCAUACUCUGGGGGUGGUACCUGGCAGCAGCAUCUCUCUUAGGCCCCGCCCCGGAGAUCCAGGCAAGGACCUGGCCUCAGGCGAAAAUGGCACAGAGUGCCGAGUUGGCUUCGUCAGGCACAAUGGCUCCUGCCGGUCAGUCUGUGACCUCUUCCCGAGUUACUGUCACAAUGGCGGCCAGUGCUACCUGGUGGAGAACAUAGGAGCUUUCUGCAGGUGUAACACCCAGGACUACAUCUGGCACAAGGGGAUGCGCUGUGAGUCCAUCAUCACCGACUUCCAGGUGAUGUGUGUGGCCGUCGGCUCGGCCGCACUCGUGCUUCUGCUCCUGUUCAUGAUGACUGUGUUCUUUGCCAAGAAGCUCUAUCUGCUCAAGACAGAGAAUACCAAGCUGCGAAGGACCAACAAAUUUCGGACCCCAUCUGAGCUCCACAAUGAUAACUUCUCCCUCUCCACCAUUGCCGAGGGCUCUCAUCCAAAUGUAAGGAAACUUUGCGACACUCCCUGUGUCUCCUCCCCCCAUGCCCGUGCCUUGGCUCACUAUGAUAACAUUGUCUGUCAGGACGACUCCAGUGCUCCUCACAAAGUCCAGGAAGCUCUCAAGUCCCGCCUGAAGGAGGAAGAGUCCUUUAACAUCCAGAACUCCAUGUCACCCAAACUUGAGGGUGGCAAAGGCGACCAGGAUGACUUAGAGGUGAACUGUCUCCAGAACAACUUGACCUGAGAUGAGAGUGAGAGGAGACGAGGGGGGAGGGGAGGGGGGAGGGGAGGGAAGGACUGCUGUCUCCUCUCGCAGUCAGCGGCUCCUAACCAUUUGUUAAGCUUUUCUUUUUCUGAUCUCAUGGCAUGCUCCGAUGUGUUUUGUAGGAGGGGGAAACACUUAAAAUAAGCAAAGAAACCGAGCAGGGUGGCAUACAUUGUUGCAUAUAGAUUGCAUACAUUGCAUAUAGAUUGCAUAUGUUGGGUGGUUCUUGUCUGCGUUGCUUCCACAGCUGUGAUUUCUAAACCUCUGCUGGCACUCAGCUGACUUUUUGUUUUGUACUUUGACCCGUCCUUUUUUUGGAAUACCAAGUUAAAAAACACAAAAACAAAAACAAAAACAAACCACAAGGUUCUUGAAAUAAAACUUUUUA